UUUUCGGACUCAGGCUUUCUUUUAAACUUGAGCUCGAAAAUAAGUUCAAUCCCGGAUCAACUUGGUCCAUGUACUAAUAUUUACAUCGCAGAAUAAACGAUACAUCUAUGAAACCCAGCCAGCCGGCCGGCCAAUCUUCUCUCGAGUCAGGCCUUCCCUGAUACGCCUCUUUUGGAGCCGUCGACGGUGGGGAGUAUGGCUUCCGUUCUUCUCCCCCAAAUUCUUCCGAUUCCGAGGCAGCUCCCUACUGCCCUUUGGAAGAAGGAUCCUAGAUCGCUCCCUUCCCUUCUCCACACAAGCCCUAUUCGAAACCCUAGGUCCCGUAGGGGUUUCGCGGUGUUUGCAGAGGGCAAUGGACUCAAAAGAGACGACGCCGAGGAGACGGAAUCCGGCGACGGCGGAGGAGACCUGAAGAGGGACCGACGGCCGGCGUUCAAUGUCCGGUGGCGCGACCUCCUCUACCCGGAUCCCGAGAACAUGGUGGCCAUUGGAUUGACGGGCCUCCUCACGUGGGCGGGCGUUCAGGUCUUGUGGCAGCUGUUCUUCAUCUCCAUCGCCAUCAUUCUCGCCGCUCUCAAGUAUGUGCGUAUAGGUACUCUCUAGCAAAAUUUGGGAAAUAUUGAAGCUGAAUUGUAUGAGUCUAUGAGAUAGGGUUUAUGUAAGUGUACAAAGGACCGUUGACGGGAAAGAAUGUUGGGUUCUACCUUCUGCCUUCUAAAGAGAAGAAGAGCAGAAAUUUGGUUUGUGCGUUGAUUUCAGUGAUGCUUUCUGCUGCAAAGUAAUGAACCAGGUUUUCUUUCCUUGAUAAAUCAACGCAGGCAAAAGAAUUGUAUGUUUAUUAAGAACUGAAAAUUAUGAUUCGUGAAUGUGACCCAACUUAAUAAUUGUGUUCCUGAGAUGUAAAACAUUAUGGCCGACAUUUCAAAUGGAUCUACUGUUCAGCUACUA